UCACGUUAUCUCCCGCUCUGGAUUGUCUGGUAUAGUUAGGUGAAAAUGAUCUCUUUGUUCUUCUGAGUCUCAAAAAACUCCACUCCAUGAUUCCUCUGCAAAUCCAUCAACCACACCACCACCAAAUCCAUUUUUUCUCCUCUUCCCGAAUUACACCUCUCCCUUUCUUUCUCUCUCCGGUCCGCCGCACAACCGGGUUCCCCGCCGAACCGAACCGGCUCCGCCCUUCGCUUCCCCAAAUCCCAUGGUCUUCUUCCAGACCCAUUUUCAGACUUGCUAGGGUUUCGGAAAUUGAGCCCUCCAUUUUUUGCAAUGGAGGAGGAGGAGAAGAAGGAGGAGGAGAGGACGAGUCUUCGGAGGACUUGUCGCCGAAAGGCGCGGUGUAUCGGAAGACGCUGGCGUUGGUGGAGUGCUCCAUGUCCGCUGCCCUCACUGGAUUGGUGUAUUUCUUGAGCAAUUCUCUCGCGAUUGAGAAUUAUUUUGGCUGUUUCUUCUCACUGCCAAUAGUGAUCUCCUCAAUGAGAUGGGGGAUUCCGGCCGGAAGAAAAACUAUGGUAGCCACAACUAUGCUAUUACUUGUCUUGUCUGGUCCAGUAAAAGCAUUAACAUAUCUGCUAAAGCAUGGUUUAGUUGGUUUCACCAUGGGCGCUUUGUGGAGGUCGGGAGCAAAUUGGGAGCUCUCAAUUUUCUUGUGCACAAUUGUUCGAGCGUUGGGUGCUGUAGGGUAUGUCUUGAUAUCUUCAUUCCUGAUAAGAGAAAACAUACUUGCUUUGAUCACAAUAAACAUACAUGCUUCUUUAACAUUCUUGUUCACCGCAUCCGGAGUUUACAUAAUUCCGUCAAUGGAAGUGAUUUAUACCAUCUUCGGUGUUCUGGUUUUACUAAAUUGUGGAUCCUUCGUCUUCUUGUUGCAUCUAUUGUAUUCUGUGUUCCUUACAAGGCUUGGGAUGAGGGCUUCGUUGAGAAUGCCAAAGUGGCUGGAGAAGGCUAUAUAGUAGCAGCUUAGAACAAGAAGCUAGUAAAUUAUUUGUAUUGUAAGCCUGCAAAGAAGCACAUUAUUCUUUCGGGAUGAAGCCGUCUUUGAUCACAUUCAUCCUCAAUCAUAUUCCGAUUCUGUGAGAUUCCUGUUCUUUAUCAAUGUCCAUUGUUAAUUCGCAUCUUCAAAUCUUCAAAGUACGAGAAGAACAAAGAUGCCUAUCAGCCUAUCAGGUAUUUAUGCUUCCCAAGUUCAGUGUGGAAAGGAACUGAGGCUGCCUGUAGAAAAAGUAUCUUGUUAACUUUCAGCUUUCUUUCUUCUACUUCCAUCCUUUUCUUUCUUUUUCUUUUUCUUUUUUUUUUUUUUUUUAAGCUUCGGGGGUUUAACACUUCGUACUCAUUUAUCUUGUUUGGGGUCAAAGCAUCUUGUUGUGAGAUCACUUUUGUACAAUUAUAUUUCAAGGAAAAAUAA